AUGGCUCACAGUGACUUCCUCUAUCCAGAGAACCCAAGGAGGCGGCAGGAAGUAAACCGGCUUCACCAGCAGCUCCUUGACUGCUUAUCUGACAGCUUCCAUGCCACCAAUAAGCUGAUAGGGGUUCUAAAUACACACUUGGGCUGCACACUGGCCUCCACCGAAAUGAAGAGAGAUGGGACUAUCAAAGAAAAUUGUGACAUCAUCAUCCAAGCCAUAAUGAAUAUCCAAAAUGAACUGCAAAAGGUUGAUGAAGCACUAAAAGAAAAACUAGAACCAACCUUGUAUAGAAAACUUCAGGAUAUUAAGGAAAGGGAAACAGAGAAGAUUGCAAUCGUACAAAAGGUUAUUUCAGUCAUUCUGGGAGAAGCUACAUCUGCAGCCAGUGCAGUGGCUGUUAAACUCGUGGGCUCAAAUGUGACAACUGGCAUAAUUAACAAGUUGGUCACUGUGUUAGCUCAAAUUGGUGCUUCUCUCCUCGGUAGUAUUGGAAUUGCUGUUCUUGGCCUUGGCAUAGAUAUGAUCUUCCGAGCCAUCCUGGGAGCAGUGGAGAAAACACAACUUCAAGCAGCCAUCAAAAGUUAUGAGAAGCAUCUGGUGGAAUUCAAGUCAGCCUCAGAAAAAUAUCAUCAUGCCAUUACUGAGGUCACAGAUAUUGUCAAACACCAAAUGAAAUGA